AUGGUUCUUAGGAGUCACCCCUUCCCCAGGCCAGAGAGGCCCCAAGGGACUGUCCCAAGGGCAGCUCUGGAGAGCCCCAGAGAUCCCAGCACUUCCACACCCUCUGAGAACAGAGAGUCUGGCUCUUCCCCUGAAGAGGCCGUCCCCAGCCGUGAGGACAGGCAUGGCUCGGCUGGACUGGUCACAGGGGCAGGCACAGGGGGCCUGGCUGAGGCUGGAGCUCGGCCACAGCAGAGCAGCACCGAGACCAACGAGGCUCCCACCGCAGGCCCUCCCUCAGGCCCAAGAGGGGAGAGAAUUGAGGACAAACAUCCAGACUCGCUGCCAUCUGGAGCUGCAGAACCCAGGGCCCCCUCAUGGCCACCGGAGCAGACCCAGCCUGGCUCUGCACCCUCCCCAGUUACAAGGCAGGACUCACAGCCUGUCCCCCGGCCACGGAAACGCAGCUUGUGCGAAAUAUCCCAGAGCUCUGAGCGUGAGGCCAGCCCAGCGGCCCCAGGGCAGCGCCGAGGACAGGAGCCCGGGGAGGGGCCCAGCCCUGCAGGCAGCGGGCAGGUCCUCACUGAGAAGCAGAAAGAGGCCCGAAAACUCAUGGUGUUUCUGCAGAGGGGGGGGGGCUGGGGGGGGGUGGAGGGGGCCCAGAAGCCCAGAUCCUCGGCGGCAGCGGCUCUGCAGCGAUGGCUGGACCUGGGCAGCUGCCUGGAGGCACUGGCCUUUGCCCAGCAGCACGGAGACCCCCGCCUGGCCCAGGAGACCUAUGCCUGGAUGAGUGACAAUCUGCUGCACGUGCUGGGAGACCCGAGCCUCUACCGGCAGCUGAGUGGCGCUGACCGGGAGCGUAUCCUGAGCCUUCGGACCAGCCGGGGCCAGGCGGUGCUGGGGGUCCUCGUGCUGCCCAGCCUCUACCGGGUGAGCCGCUCGGGGCUCACAAGGGACCCUCGUGGGGUGGAAGAAACUUGCACGGUGCGGCCCGCGCCCCCGCCUCCCCGCACGUUCCUGUACGUGUUCCACCCCCGGGAGAACGCGUGGCGGCCCCUGACCCAGGUGCCCCAGGAGGCCCCGCUCCGGGGCUGCGGCCUCUGCACCCUACACAACUAUCUGUUCCUGGCGGGGGGCAUCCGCGGAUCCGGCGCCGAGGCCGUCUGCUCCAACGAGGUCUUCUGCUACAACCCUCUGACCGACACCUGGAGCCAGGUGCGGCCCAUGCGGCAGGCGCGUGCCCAGCUCAAACUGGUGGCGCUGGACGGGCUGCUCUACGCCAUCGGGGGCGAGUGUCUGUACAGCAUGGAGCGCUACGACCCGCGCGCGGACGCCUGGGCCCCCUGCGCGCCCCUCCCUGCAGGCAGCUUCCCCGUGGCUCACGAAGCUGUGGCCUGCCGGGGGGACAUUUACGUUACCGGCGGCCACCUGUUCUACCGCCUGCUCAGGUACAGCCCCGCGAAGGACGCGUGGGACGAGCGCCCCUACAGUGCCAGCCACCGGCGCUCCAGCGACAUUGUGGCUCUGGGGGGCUUCCUGUACCGCUUCGACCUGCUGCGGGGCGUGGGCGCCGCGGUGAUGCGCUACAACACCGUGACGAGCUCCUGGAGCCGGGCCGCCUCCCUGCCCCUGCCCGACCCCGCCCCGCUCCGCUGCGCCGUGCUGGGCAACACCAUUUACUGCCUCAACCACCAGGUCACAGCCACCUUCACGGUCUCCGAGGGAACCGCCCAGUUCCAGGCCAAGGAGCUACAGCCUUUUCCCCCGGGGGCCAAAGGGGUCCUCUGCCCAUUCAUCCUGACGCUGCCCCCCGUGGACCCGCUGCAGACUGCCCUCUGA